AUGACUCCCCCAAGCCAUGGACAGAACGGGCGACCGGGACCAAUUGGAAUUCAAGGUCCAACAGGUCCACAAGGAUUUGCCGGCCCUAGUGGUUUAGCAGGGUUGAAAGGAGAAAGAGGCUCCCCAGGCCCCCUGGGACCAUAUGGACCAAAAGGAGAUAAGGGUCCCAUGGGAGUUCCUGGCUUUCUCGGCAUCAAUGGGAUUCCGGGCCACCCCGGACAGCCAGGGCCCAGGGGCCCACCUGGCCCGGAUGGCUGCAAUGGCACUCGAGGAGCUGUUGGAUAUCCGGGCCCUGAUGGCUAUCCUGGGCUUCUCGGACCACCCGGGCUUCCUGGUCAGAAAGGCUUUAAAGGUGAACCUAUCCUCACCCAAGGUACUUUCAAAGGAAUGAAGGGGGAGCCUGGGCUGCCUGGACUGGAUGGAAUAACUGGCCCACCAGGAGCACCCGGGUCCCCAGGAGCUGUAGGACCCAUGGGGCCACCAGGAUUGCAAGGUCCUCCAGGCCCCCCCGGCUUCCCUGGUCCUGAUGGGAAUAUGGGGUUAGGUUUCCAAGGAGAGAAAGGAGUCAAGGGAGAUGUUGGCCUCCCAGGCCCUGCAGGACCCCCACCAUCUACUGGGGAGCUGGAAUUUAUGGGAUUUCCCAAAGGGAAGAAAGGAUCCAAGGUAGGUGAAAAGGGCGGCAUUGGCCUGCCAGGCCCAGAUGUUUUCAUCGAUACAGAUGGUGCUGUGAUCUCAGGUUAUCCUGGAGACCCCGGGAUGCCAGGCCUCCCAGGACUUAAAGGAGAUGAAGGUAUCCAGGGCCUGCCUGGCCCUUCUGGCAUCCCCGGCUUACCGGCUUUACCAGGUGUCCCAGGUGCCCUAGGGCCCCAAGGAGUCCCAGGUCUGAAGGGGGACCAAGGAAACCCAGGCCGCACCACAGUUGGGACAGCUGGUCCCCCUGGCAGAGACGGUUUGCCAGGCCUGCCCGGCCUACCGGGCCCACCCGGUCCAGCAUUUGAGACUGGAACCCUACAGAACGCAGAGCCAGGCUUCCCUGGUCUCCGAGGAGAACGAGGUCCAAGAGGAAACCCAGGCCUCAAAGGAAUGAAAGGGGACUCGGGCUUUUGUGCCUGUGACGGUGGUGUCCCAAACACCGGACCACCUGGGGAGCCAGGCCUGCCCGGACCACCUGGCCUCAUAGGCCUUCCAGGCCUUAAAGGAACCAGAGGAGAUCCAGGCUCUGGGGGUGCACAGGGCCCAUCAGGGACUCCAGGUUUAUUUGGGCCUCCUGGUCCUGCGGGCCCCAAAGGAGAGAAAGGGGAACCAACUCUCAGUUCAAGAUCAGGGGUGCCAGGGGAGCAGGGUGAUCCUGGCCCCCAGGGGCUCCCUGGGGAGACUGGAGUCCCAGGCAAGGAUGGAAUACCAGGUUUGCCAGGUCUGCCAGGCCUCCCGGGUGACGGUGGACAGGGCUUCCCAGGUGAAAAGGGGUUACCAGGACUUCCUGGUGAAAAGGGCCACAGUGGUCCAACUGGCCCCCCAGGAAUUGGGCUGCCGGGCUCUCCUGGACCUCGUGGGCUUCCUGGAGAUCAAGGAAUUGAUGGAUUACCAGGGCAACAAGGCCUCCCUGGGCUUCCCGGUGAUUGCUGCUGCAGGGAGAGCGUUGGUAAAGGACACUUAGUCACAGAGGGAGGCAUCACCUUGCCGUGUAUAAUUCCUGGGUCCUAUGGUCCAUCAGGCUUACCAGGAGCUCCCGGAUUCCCAGGCCCUAAAGGGGCCCGUGGCCUCCCUGGGACCCCGGGCCAGCCUGGACUGCGUGGAAAUAAAGGAGAGCCCGGAAGUCCAGGAUUGGUUCACCUUCCUGAAUUGCCAGGAUUUCCUGGACCUCGUGGGGAGAAGGGCUUGCCCGGGUUUCCUGGGUUCCCUGGGAAAGAUGGCUUGCCCGGGGAACUUGGCAGUCCAGGUUUACCCGGUUCCAAGGGAGCCCCUGGUGACAUCUUUGGUGCUGAGGAUGGUGCACCGGGGGAGCAAGGCCUACGGGGAUUGCCAGGGGACAGAGGAUUUCCUGGAGACUCUGGCCUUCCGGGACCCAAGGGUUUGCUUGGGAAGUCGGGCCUGCUAGGCCCCAAAGGUGAACGGGGCAGCCCCGGCACACCGGGCCACGUGGGACAGCCAGGGCCCCCUGGGCUUGAUGGUCUAUUCGGCGUCAAGGGCAAACCCGGGCUCCCGGGUGCACCAGGCUUUCCGGGCCCUUCAGGACAUCCUGGAAAGAAAGGUGUAAGAGGCGAGACAGGUCCCCCUUCAUCAGCUGGAAAGAGAGGCCUGCCGGGGCUGAAAGGCCUUCCAGGAUCUCCAGGGCUGGUUGGCUUCUUGGGGAGCUCAGGCUUGCCAGGGAACACUGGGUUGCCAGGCCUGCCGGGUCCGAAGGGUGAGAAGGGGUCUGUUGGGCUGGCCGGUUUCCCAGGGAUGCCUGGUCUCCCUGGUAUUCCUGGCGCAAGUGGAUUAAAGGGCAUUUCUGGGUCAGCCGGAAGAGUGGGACCAUCUGGACGGGCCGGUAGUGCGGGUGAAAAAGGAGAAAGAGGCGACCCAGGGCCAGCUGGAAUACCCAGCCCAAGACCUCCCACACUGAACAUCCGGUUCAAAGGAGACAAAGGCUCGAGAGGCUCAUCUGGAUCCGCCGGAUUUCCUGGGCCCAGAGGUGACAAAGGAGAGGUUGGCCCCCCGGGGCCACCAGGAUUGCCUGGAGCUCCCGGCUUCCCCAGUACCAUCAAGGGACUCAUUGGGAGAGCAGGCCUCCCUGGCUCCGCAGGACGACGGGGCUUACCUGGCCUGAAGGGGUCCCCUGGAAUCACGGGUUUCCCAGGAAUACCAGGGGAAAGCGUAAGUGCACCCAGCUCUUGGUCUCUGCACCAGGGAAGGACCUCCGUAGCAGGGGGACAGGCCCCUGCGCCCCAUCUUUCUGGCCCCAGCCCACUUCCCGGCCCCUUCCCCUAG